AUGACUGCCUUCUGAUACACACACACACACACACACACACACACAGAGUAUAUGGGACUUUUGCAGAGAUCCCUGCGGUUAUGAUGAGCAUGUGAUCAGGACUUGUAUAUAAAGUAAAGUGGCCCUGUGACUCUUCAGAACAGCAAAGGUAAAAUCUGAAGAAACACCAUCACCACCUUCAUUCUCUUCUUCUUGGCUGAACGGCGCACGCACCAUGAAAACUUGUCUUCUGCUGGCUCUGGUGGCCAUCUCUUUCACCCUUGGCAACAGUAUGCCGCCAAUCGGCCGAGACUACAAUCAGCACUGUCACUGUGUGAAGCUGGAGACCAGAGUUAUCCCUCCUGACAGCCUACGCAGCGUUGAGAUUCGUCCCAGUGGCCCUCACUGCCAAAACAUAGAAGUCAUAGCUGGUCUUGCAAGGGGAGAAAAAAUCUGUUUGGACCCUAACACUCACUGGGUGAAGAGGCUCACCCGCUUUGUGGUGGAAAAACAGGCCAAGAGAGGAUGGUGAAGACAUUAGGGACCACCCCACAGGGGGAUGUUUGACACUGCGUGACAUGGUAGUAGCUCACACAUGCUUUCAUAUUUCACAUGUGCCAGUUUAAGGGUCAUUGACAGAGAUGAAACACUUUGAGGUACGCUUUUGACUCGUAGCUGGCACUGAUGGGCAUAAUGCAAUCGUUUUACUGCAGUGAUUGACCCAGAUCUGGCAUGUGGCUUGUUCAGGCAUCUACAUUUAUUUUAUUGAAGUAGUAUAUGUAGGAAAGCCCUUAAAUACAUUAUUAAUAUACAUACUUGUUUAUGUAUGUUCAUAACUUUACCUUUAUAUUUCUGAAACAAAGGUCCAUACUCAGGUAAAAGUCAAGGGCUGUGACUGUCAUCCACUAAUUGUCUCUGAAUUAGUCCUUUCCUUCAAUAUCCUUUAGCAAGUCACAACUAUUAUUUGUUCCUGAUAUGUUCCCCUUCACAGAGCUGAUUACAAGGAACACCCUGUCAUUACAUUAUUACUUUUUUUAUUGUAUAUGUAAAUUGUAUAUGUGUAUACUGUAUAUUGCUGUGUCUAUACCCUAUACGUUUUUAAACUGUGAUGUG